ACCUCUCUAUUUGCCGUUUGGGCCCAUCCCAGCCCACGAGGUUUUUGCUCCUCCGCCUAAAGCCCUGACCAACCAACCGCCUCGCCCUCGCCGCCACGGCGAGCGCCGCCGCCAAUCGCCAACCGUACGUAGCCAUGUCCCAGGCGCUCUCCUCCCGCAGCCGUCGCCUGCUCCUCCUCCUCGGCGUCCAGUCGGCCCACCCUGGCCAGGGCCUCGGCCUGCGCCGCCUGAGCUCGCACCACGCCACCGCCCCUUACGGCGCGUGGUAUCAACAGCACGAGGAUGGCAAGGCGGUGAAGGUCACGGUGUGGUGGGACUUCCAGAUGUGCCGGCUCCCGCCCGGGGUCAACCCGCUCCGCCUCGGCCCGCGCGUCACGGAGGCCCUGCGGCGCGCCGGCAUCCGCGGGCCCGUCGAGAUCACCGCCUUCGGCGACGUCUGCCACAUCCCCCGCACCGAGCAGGAGGCGCUCGCGACCACCGGCGUCACAUUCACGCACGUCCCUUCCAGUGGAAAGGAUGGUUGUGAUCGAUCAUUCAUGGCUGAUCUCGUCUAUUGGAUUGCUCAGAACCCUCCACCAGCCCAUUUCUUCCUUAUAUCUGGGGAUAAAGACUUUGCAAACGUGCUGCAUCGUCUUCGGAUGAGCAAUUAUAACGUACUGCUUUCCUGCCCUGAUGCUGCUGGCUCCAGGAUGUUACGCAGUGCAGCGACAUUUAUGUGGCCAUGGGAGGCUCUAGUUAAAGGGGUGGAUCUCAAACCCAAAUUUUUAAAUCAACCACCAGAUGGUUUAUCUUGUUCUUGGUAUGGUCACUACAGGGGAGCUGUUGAUGACCUCCUUCUGAAAUCAAAGGACCCCAUGGCUUUACGUCGGAAUACCAAGGUACCUAAAGUCCCCAAAGCCAUGGUCAAUGGGAUUAAGCAAGUACUACACUUUUAUCCUGAAGGGGUCAGUGUUCCAAAUCUUCGAGCAGAGCUUAAAAGGAUCGAUGUGUUUAUAAAUAAAGGAGUAUUUGGCUUCAAAAAGCUCUCUGCCCUUCUCCAAGCCAUGCCUGAUGUUGUGAAAUUUAUUGAUCCUCUACCAGGUGAUUGCCAUCCUGCUGUAGUUAGGGUUUACAAAAGAUCUGUGGAGUCUUCUGAACAAAGUUUCAACAGAAUGGAUUCCGCCCAAAGUAGCAUUGAGGGAAAAUGCCUUAAUGAGACUGAAAGUGAGGAGCUAUCAUCAUGGGAUGCCCAGUCUUCCUCAUCAGAAUUACCAUCAUGUACAGAAAAGAAAACUCUGGAAGCUGAUGUCACAUCUUCCCCAUCAGAUCAAAUAUCUGGAGACCAAAUGAAAGCUCCUGAUCUUACUACAGGAGCAGAGCCACCUUCCAACCGUGUGGAAGCUGAUUUUACUCUGGCAGCGGAUGUCCCAUCACCACCAUCUGAUGCAUUGUCUAGAGACCAAAGAAAUGCUCUGGAUGUUGAUCUUGUUACGCAAACAGAACCACGGGUUAGCCGUACGAAAGCUGAUAUGGUGGCUGCUGCUGGCACUCCUUCCUCAGGGGUGCAAGGUAAUGUUAGCAAAAAGGGGUUAUUUGAACGCAUUUCAUCUAUAUGGAAUGGCCUUAAAGCCCAUUGAGUCUGUGAGGUUUAUCCGUCUCAUCAAGGGCAUAAGAGUGAAACCAGAUGAGUGUUCAUCUGAGUAUGCUUCGUAAAAGGGAUCACUGCUUAGGUGAGAUGAUUGUAUUCGCGGUGUACUUCAAAUCAUGUUUUCAUGAGCUGAACGUCAACAGAACUUAGGAAAGAGGCUGAACAUCAACAACAUGAAACCGUUGAAGCUAAAGAGCUAUAGUUUUAUGGUUGUGCUGCAUAGAUGUUCAUAAUGAGGAGCAAAUUUUAGCAAUUGUUACCGUGUACGAUCACCCCUUUGCAUCUAUCUUGUAACUGUUCUGGUAGAAUUGAAUCAUUUCUGGCUUUAUCUCGAGCUUGAUAUUUGGUCCUUGUUGACCUAAAAAAUUCAUUGCUCAUUGAAUCGGCUCUCAAUCACGGCAAAUUUGGACAUAAAACAAGUUAUGUAUAACCAGUCAGAAUCACUGGUCUA